AUCUCCAGCCAAAAGACAGAGGAAACUGCAGGUGGCUCUGUGGUGAGUGAGGGGGUGACCCCAGCAGGACCCCUGCCCCCCUGUGACACAGGCUGCACAGAGAGCAUGCUGGGGCUGCUGAACAUGGAGCCAGAGAGGGACAUGCAGGAUCUGUUCAAGAGCCAGUCCACAGUGGAGCCAGGUUGCUGGGAGCUGCUGACCACCAGCAAGAGGAGAGGAAUGGACCUGCUCUACUCCAACAUGGAGGCCCUGCUUCCCUACCCACCACACACCUCACUGUCACAACCCACAGGCGGCCACAGGAAGUGAGCAACCGGACACAGGAAGAGUCCAGCGCUGAUCCACAGGAAGUAGCCACUAGUAUGAAUAGUAUAAAGCCAGAGAUUGAUCUACCACCUCAGACUGAGGUUGAUCCACUGCCCCAAUCCAGGCUCCAGCAGGUGGCAGAGGAGUCAGAGACAGACGGGAGCCCGGUGAAGGUAUCCUCUAGAAUGAAGAAGAAGAAGCAGCUGGGUACCCGAGAGGACCUGGACCGCUUUCACUCAGACUCUGAUUCCGACGACGCCUUCCUCUCUCUCCACACUAAACCACCUCCCACCUCCCUCAGACACAGAUGGAGGGGAGGACAGUCAGGACGAUUCUACCAGCAACAAGGUUGAGUUAGAAUCUGUGAAGGCUAGAGAGGAAGAGGUAAAGGAGAAGGCCCCUGCCCCGGUGAGGAUGAGGGUGACGCUUACCCCGGAGCAGAGGAUGAAGAGUGAGCCUGUGUCCCACUGCCUGGGCUCCCUGGCAGAGUUCCUCGACCACAUGUCCCUCCUGGACUCCUCCCUUUGCCUCCACACCUCACCUGUAGGUGGCGCCAGACACGCACACAGGACGUUCGGCCUGAGAGCCGAGACUAAAGACGGGAUGAAUGAUGAGCCCAGGGAGGAGUGCCAUGGAGGGAGCUGGGUGGAGGGGGAGAGAGCGGGGGAGAUCCAGGCUGCUGUGGAGGCUCUGAGCUUCCAGAGGUGCAGGGCCGGGGUGGAGGAGGCGUGGGGUAAAGCUCAGGGUCUAAAGGGGAAACUGGGGAAGGAGGCUGUGAACGAGCUCACACUCCCUGUGGCCCCGCACAGACAGGGCUUCACUGAAUAUGCAACAUAA